CCUUUGCGGGCUUCUCCUCGCGGCUGAUCCCCCGGCGGGGGCGGCCAGGAACAGCCUCCUCCUCCGCCGCUGUCCUCCCUUUCGAGGAUCAUGGACAACAAGCCCCUCCUCCAGGAUAGACCCCCGGCUUACAGCCCCGCUAGCCAGGCGGGCGCCGGCUACGAGUACGGGCCGAACAGCUACGGGGCCAUCCCGGCGCCUCAGCACGGCUUCCAGCCGCCACCGCCCUACACGUACCCCACCGGUCCUGGAGCUGGAUAUGUUGUGCCUUCGGGUCCACCGGCGCAUAACUACCCCAACACCACGUACACGAUAAUCCAGCAACCUCCCACCACGUCCGUCGUUGUCGUUGGCGGCUGCCCAGCUUGCAGAGUUGGUGUAUUGGAAGACACUUUCACCUGUCUCGGUGUCUUUUGUGCCAUCGUAUUCUUUCCUAUUGGAAUUCUCUUCUGUCUUGCAUUGAGGCAACGAAGAUGUCCUAACUGUGGUGCAACGUUUGGUUAAGGGAUCAACACAAAUAGGCUUUUUGGAAGCUGUAACUAUUGUAGUACAUUUUUUCUAAUGUAAAUGUCAUGUACAAUCAAGUUUAUGCUUCAGAGAUGAUUUUGUAAAAGUGUGAUGAAAUUAGUCUGUCUCUUUCUCUUCUCUUGCAUGUGAAACUGAUCUAUGAGCAUGUGUGUGUGUGUGUGUGUGUGUGUGUGUGUGUGUGUAAGAUACAAAUCCACCCCACCCCCCGCUUUGUGUUUAAAAUGCACCUUUUGGAAAUUUAAAUAAAAGUGGGUUUUUGCAACUUCA